AUGUUGGGAAAGGAGGUCUGCGCAUGCUCGGCGGGCUGCCCCUUUUCUUGGCCUGCCACUCACUCCGGAGGCGCCUGCAGCCUGCUCUCCUCCCCUUUCCGCCGCUUCUUCCGGCCAGCGCGCGCCGAGAACAUGGGCCGCCUCCUGGCCAAGGCACUCUCUGCGGCGGGGCUCCUGCGGAAGAUUUGGCCGCCGGCCAGAAGCCCCGCCUUCCGCACUGUCACUCAAGCGCCCCGCCAAGACCCAGGGGCACAAGCCUCCCUCUACAUCCACUGGCCAUAUUGUGAGAAACGUUGCAACUACUGUAACUUCAACAAGUACAUCCCACGAAACAUUGAUGAGACGAGAAUGAGGAAUUGCCUCAUUCAGGAAGCAAGGACUUUGAUUCAACUUAGCCAAGUCCAGAGAAUCACAUCUGUGUACUUUGGUGGGGGAACACCAAACUUGGCCAGUCCACUCACCAUUGCAGCUGUCUUGGAUGCCAUCUCCCAAGAGGUCUUUGUAGCGGAAGGCACUGAGAUUACACUGGAAGCCAAUCCCACUUCAGUAGAUGCCUUAUGCCUUGCUGAAUUCCAGAAAGCAGGCGUCAAUCGGCUUUCUAUUGGCAUCCAGUCCCUUAAUGAUGCAGAACUCCAGCUGCUUGGAAGGAACCAUUCAGCUUGUGACGCUCUGAGAACUUUAGAAGAAGCCAAGAAACUCUUUCCGGGCCAUAUAUCUGUUGAUCUCAUCUUUGGCCUCCCUAACCAAACCACUGCCUCUUGGGUUCAGAAUUUGGAGGCGUUGCUUGCAGUGUGUGACGACCACAUUUCUCUCUACCAGCUGACAUUGGAGAGGGGCACUUCACUCUUCAAACAGGUCAAUCAGGGCUUUUUGCCCCUGCCUGAUCCAGACGUUGUAUCAGAAAUGUAUGAAUGUGCAAGAAACAUCCUUCAGAAGGCAGGUUUCCAUCAGUAUGAGGUUUCCAACUUUGCUCGGAAGGGAGCACUUAGUAUUCACAACCUGUCUUACUGGCGAGGCGGUCAAUAUAUUGGAGUGGGACCAGGAGCCCAUGGAAGAUUUGUGCCAUGGGGAAAUGGAAAGGUCUACCGAGAGGCAAGAAUACAAACUCUGGAGCCAGAUAUAUGGAUGAAGGAAGUGUUGGCCUUUGGUCAUGGGACCCGGAAGCAGACUGCACUCACCCAGCUGGAAAUAUUGGAGGAAGUUCUGAUGAUGGGACUCCGCACGGAUGUAGGAAUCACACACCAGCACUGGCUACAGUUUGCUCCUGGCCUCAGUUUAUGGGAUGUGUUUGGGCAAUCAGAGGAGGUGCAAGAGCUGGCGGCACAUGGCUUAACGAUUCUGGAUGACAGAGGACUUAGAUGUUCUUGGAAAGGCCUUGCAGUGCUAGAUUCUCUCCUGCUGACACUUUUUAACCAGCUCCAAGAGGCCUGGGCUAAAAGAGAAAAAAAUAUUCAGUGAGACUUGAAGUGUUCACACAGUAUUUUGCUGACAUAAGCAGAAGUCAAAGGUUCUCUUAAGUUGGAGGCUGGAGAGUAUGUAAAUAUCCCCAGUCUGGAAGGAUGUUCUAAUGCAGAGGUCUGAAUCCAGGAGAAGUGCUGUCCCUGAAAGAAAGCUGGUGAAUUGACCACAUCCUCCUAUUACUGAGUGCAAGGUUCCAUGAAUCUGCUUUUGCAUCUCUGUGCUUCUGCUCUUUGAACAAAGAUGGAAGACAGUAUGGAUUGUUUGGGGUUUUUUUUGGAGGGGAAGGGGCUCUGUGGGGCUUCAUGAAGGAAGUACACUAAGUAUGACAUGUCUUAAGGCAACGUGAUGAAUGGACUACUUUGUAACUGGCUUUCUUUGACUGAAGUCUUAAUGAAUGCACCGUGAAGAAAUGUUUUUGUGGGAGGAAAUGACCAUGAAAAUCACAAACAAUAGAUUGUAGCCACAGGACAACUUCCCAUGGUCAUGGUUGGAUCUGAAGAGUACAACUGAGAUGGUGAAAAUGGUUUUCUCCCCAAGAUUCCCAUGUAAAAGGUAAAGGUUUCCCUUGACAUUAAGUCUAGUUGUGUCCAACCCUGGGGGAUGGUGCUCAUCUCCAUUUCUAAGCUGAAGAGCCACCAUUGUCUGUAGACACCUCCAAAGUCAUGUGGCCAGCAUGACUGCAUGGAGCACUGUUAUCUGCCCACAGAAGCGGUAUCUAUCGAUCUACUCACAUGUGGAUGUUUUGGAACUGCUAGGAUGGCAGAAGCUGGGCCUAACAGCAGGAGCUCACCCUACUCCCUGAAUUCAAACCGCUGACCUUUGGAUCAGCAAGUUCAGCAGCUCAGUGGUUUUACCCGCUGCAUCACCAGGGGGCCCAAUUCCCAUGUACUGAGUAGGAAACCCAGAAAUGCUUCCCUGAGAAUAAACCUGCCACUCACCUCCUGCGUAGUCUGGUCCCAGAAUAUGCUCCCCUUUUGACAUUGUGUUCCUCAGUCCAGCCAUGAACCUUAUUUCAAAUUCUAAAGUCCUCCUCCGUUUUUCUCCCUCAUGGCCAGAUUCCAAUCCAAAUCUUGGGUUAAGGGCUACAUUCAGAAUCUAUUAGGCUACUGGGCUUUCCUCUGAUUAUUAGUCACCCUUUAUCAAUCUCUAUCCUGGUCUUGCAUCUUAAUGGCAGUUCUCCACCUUGUCCUGAGCUAGGCUUUCAUCCAGAAUUUCCUUGCUGUACUUGGAGAUACAAUAGACUGAACCUGGGACCUUCUCUUUAUGUACUGUGAAUUGAUUGAUAGGCUUUACCUAAAAUGCAUGAACUGGAUUGGGUUUGCGUUUAAUGAUGAAUCAGGCAUAACCUUUGAAAUUGCUGGUCCCUGAUACAUGCCAUGAUCAAGUUAUAAUUGUUUUUAGUAGCUAGCUGGAGGCAUCAUUUUGUCAUGCUAGGUAUAAGACACCAUAAUUGAACCGUGUCUCAGAAAAUUAGCCCUGGUAAGACACAUGCACAUUGAUUCAUGCUUUACUGUACAUCUUGAAGUACUUUGAAAUGAAGCUUCUGGCUCAAUAGGCACACAUAUACUCACUCACUCACUGAGUAACAGUAAUAAUUACAUUACAUCUGGGGCUUCCUACAUGAGAUUAUACAUAUUCAGCCUCUGCACUCCAUAACUAUGGUGAUGCUUAUCUUAAUUGGUGCUGUUAAACUGGGUACAGUUUUUAAAAUUAUUGCUUGAGCUUUUAGCACAGUGACAGACUACUUUAAGGAGAUGGAUGUCAAAAAUGGAAAUACUUUUAUGCCGGUUGCUCACAGGGUUGGAAUGCACAAGCUACUUGCUUCAUUAAAAACCAAUCUUUAUUUUAGGUAGCUACAGUUCAAAAACCUCCACGUUUUUCACAACACUACCCACAAAACAUAAAUGUUAACUCAAUAUAGCAUUUUGUUUUGAAGGUUCCUUCAGUUUACAACUCAAGGCACUUUACAACUCCAGAUCAUUUAUGAUUUUCAGGCACCUUUCCAUGAAUGGUGCUAUUCCAUGACAAGAGAAGCAGCACCUUCCUACGUGGGUGGCUACCCUGCUCUCUCUUUCCUCCUACAGAUAUCAUAGCUGCUUCUUCCCAGCAACAAGUUGCCAAAUGUACUCAAAGAAAGAGAAAGGAAAUGGUUCCUGCUGCUAUGACUGCCUCUGUAUGCUGCAGAACAUGGCAUAUAUCACUGGGCUCCUCUUUCGUCAAACUUUAGACAUGCUCACAUAGCAUUUGCAGUUUAAAAAUGAAUCCAGGAAGUCCCCGAGGCUAAGCGGUAAAUACACAAUUGUGAAUAGUGUCUUUGUGUUGAAGUGAGGAGGAAAUGUUAUGGGGAAAUCUGGCAAGGAUAUGUUAUUUAAGUCAUGGCAGGUUUCAAAGCAUACCUAACUCUGCUCACAGACUGGCAGUGGAGAAGGAGCCAUGAAUGAAUUCCACACCUGCUCUGGAGAGUCAGGGGUCACCCAGUCUUAGGCUGGAUCUACACUGCCAUAUAAUUCAGUUUCUGAAUCCAGAUUAUCUGCUUUGAACUGGAUUAUAUGAGUCUGUACUGCCAUAUAAUCAAAUUCAAAGCAGAUAAUCUGGAUUCAGGAACUGGAUAAUAUGGCCCUGUAGAUGGGGCUUUAGUCUUUGCACUGAUCCCUUAGCUCCUUCUGCAGCUGUUUAAACUGCUUGAAGUCCACAAUAGGUCUCUGCACUUCUUUCGAUUUGCUCACCACUUUCUUUAUACUUGUCUAAGAACUGAGAUCUGGAGGGAGGCCUUCCUUAGUGUCCCACCGUCAUGGGUAAUUUACCUUCAGAGGAUGUGUCAGAAGCCGUCUUCUGCUGUGGCAUCUGUCAUGGAAUAACUCAGAGGCUUAGUUGGUGCCAACAUAGGUGUCAUGCCACCACCAACUAAAAACAUGUGUUUUUUUUUCUUAAAGCCUUUGGGGCAUAAUUGAUAUUUAUUCAAAUUUGCAUGUUAUGGGUUUUAACUAUUUUGUGUUAACUUGACAAAUUAUUUAAUAUGCUUUAGUCUACUUACAUUAUUUUUUACUCUUUUGCAUAGUUUAAUUUCGUUGAACAGAUUUUAUGGUUUGAAACAGAUUUUAGAAUGAGAGACACAUAUUUUGAUUAAUUAGUUAAUAAUAACAUUCCAUUAUUUUAAAAAGACAGCCUGUUUCCUCUGUCUUUCUGUUUUCUCUUCAUUAUCUCCUGUGGCAUAGCGGCUGUGUAGAAAUCCCUCUCAAGAUUCCCAAAAUUAGGCAAGCAGGGCAAUAGGACUUGAACAUUGUCCAUUUGCCAUAUUUAUAUUUCCCUGCACCUUGCUGAGCGGCUGUAUGGAAGAACAAAAGCCAGUUUUGCUUGCUCUUUUUGUUGAAUUACAAGGCUUUGAAGCAGCAAUGAUUAUUUUCCAUGAACUCUAGAAUUACUAACAGUCCCUUUGAAGUCACUGAGUUUGGCUUUGAUAGCACAGGGGGUGGGGUGUCACAUUGUACUCUAUGGAAGUGGAAGAAGCAAACUAUUAAGAUAUGUAGGAUUCUGAUGACCCAGUGAGAGGCAGGACCAAGGAUUGCUGAGUUGAGGUAUUGACUUUUCACUAAAUUGUGAAAAAAGGUCCCAAAGCUCUAACUAAUGUAUACGUUUACAUUAUCAGGAAGUAAUUUGCAGUUGCAGCCCCUCCCCCUUGCUCAGAAUGGCCAUUUUGCUUAGCUUCAAAUGGCAAAUGGCCAUUUUGAUUUCCAUUAAUGUUUUGUUAGAUAACUUAAUGUCAUUUCAGCCACCACUAUGGGGUGCUACAGGCCUGCCUUUAAUGCCCAUUAUACAAAUCUAAAUUGCACUAUUCAGCAAUGACUGUUACAUCUGAAUUAAAAGACUAUUAAAUCUGUAAAUUCAAGUCUGCCACUGAAAGAAAGCUAUUACGGUAGAUUGUUUCCAGCACUAGCAGAGAGCUCCCAUCUUCCUGGCUCUGCCAUCAAAAAGGGCCCAGGAGUCUCUUUCCCCUUCUUCUGAGGGGCACAGAAGGGUGAGAGGGGAUCCUCCACAGCCUUAUCUCCUUUUAGUCUGCAUUCCACUGAAGAUUCUCUAUUCUCCCGAAUUUGAAGGCUUUGGGCAUGGUGAGUCAGUCUGGACAGGGGAAAGAAGUGGAUUUAGUUUUGGUGCAUGCUUUCUCCCUCCAGAGUUGGCCUUGACAAAUAUCGCUGUGACACUUCUGCCUCAAGUCAAGUAGAAGAGUCUAUGUGUUACAGCCUGCUUAAUGUGAAUUGUUUUCCCCCAAGGCUUACAAGGUUGGUGGCUUUGUAGCGUAUCCACAGAUUACAGAAAGCCCUAGAAGGCUGCACAAUUCAGAGCUUGGAGGGCCAUAACAUUUGCAGAGUCCAAGAUUUCUACCAAACUUUGACAAGUGGGUUUCUUUCCUGCAGGGGUAAGGAAUGGACAAACACAGUGCAAAUUUCCUAGUACAAUGGAAGAGCCCCUUUGGUUAAUGUUGUAGUACCAGCCUCUCUGUGCAGAAACUUGGCUCUACAGAAGGGUGAUGUUCCCCCCAAAAGAUCUGGUUGAAAUACAUUUGGCUUUGUCCCAUGGGACACUUAUACUUGGAAUUAAAACUUCAUCUACUGCAAGGGUGGGCAACUAUCUGGAGUCCAGGUGCCAAUUCUUCCUCCUCUGACCUCAGUAUACAGUAAACCCACAUAUCAGUUUUCCUCUGUAGUCCUUGUCAAAAUGGAAAUAUUGCAUCAUUUCACCGUUCUAAGAUAGAAUAUAAAAGAAAAUUGAUGUAUUUGGGUAGUACAACAACAGGUUCGAAGGUACUUAGGAAGGGGGUAUUUUCAUAAGUUUUUAUGUAUUUUCAGUGUUUUCUGCAUGCUUUGGUGCAAAAAUUACCUGAAAAUUGAAAUUUACAAAACUCACUAUAUUUUACAAAAUUAAGUAUAUUUCCUCAUGUUGACCUAGAACACUGCUUCUUAAACUGUGGGUCCUGUUAGUCAUGAAAGAUUUGGCAACAGUAAAAGGUUUCUGAACAUCACCGAUUUACACUAAUUGGUUGGCAACAACGUGCAGUGUUUACAGUAGACUCUGCAGAAAAGGCUUCAGCUGUACUCCACAAAAAGGGAAAUCAACCUGUUGAGCAAGCCAUGCAGAUGUUGAUUUUAUACCUAUUUCAUAUGCCUGCAGUUAUGUAAAAAGGGGUCGCAUAUGUAAAAGAUUUUAAAAACCUAGAGGGUGACUACACAUAACUUUAUAUGGAUAUCUUCCUGAAGGUAUCAAUACUCUUCAGGGCCGUUCUUUUCUGUCUGGAGAGACACUUUUCUUGUCGACCUCAAAGAAGACAUCAAAUUUUACUCCUUCCACUUAAGGACAUUAAUAGACACAGAGAAAGAUACAAUCUGUUUCUCCAAAAAGAAUGGCGAAACUUGUUCAGGAACCAGAUUAAUCAGAGAAGGAAAUCAGUGGACAUGAUGUCUUUAGUUUAUUCUUCUAGGCUCAUGAUUUCAUGCCUGCAUGUGGUAUCUUGGACAUGCCUCCACUCUUAUUUGCCGUAGUGUCUUUCCUUGCCACAACUAUUCAGAGAAUAGCCACAGCUAUUCAGAUGUCUCUGUGUUACAGUCAAGGAGAUCCCAAAUGGUAUAUAGUGGGUGUGGCCUCUGCCGUCAGGUGGAGUCCAUGUCAACAUCAUGGCCAAGUCUUAACAGCAGUUUAGUAGCAUACAAAAUUUUAUAUUGUGUUUAUUUAUUAAGACCCACGACAUAGUUUCACUUUAGCCUGAAGGUUCAAAGCUGGGAACAGGCCAGGAGAGUAAACUUUCCUGUUACCAAUUUCCUGGUAGCUAUUAAGAGGGGAGAGGAAUCUAUUGUCUGCAUAGAUUGAUUUUCUUUGCUUUAUUUUGUGUAACCUUUGGAGUUUACCUUCCACUGGCUUUCCGUAAGGGGCGUAUCUUUUCUUUAGUCACAUAAAUGCAGGCACACAACUCUAAAACUCAGUUGGCCUGCAUGUAUAUCACUGUCUUAGAAGUAUGUGUGAAUUUCAAAACUAUACAAUAGCUCUGACUCUCCAUUCAAUGACUCAUCGUUGUUUUCUUACAGACAUCCCUUGGCAUUGCUCAGCAAACCUGUCCCUAACAGGGCGAUGCUGGGAUUUAUCAUAGCUAACAGUAAACAGGAUGCUGUGAGACAGAGAAUUUAAGGCAUGCAUCCUAAUUUCUAGGUCAAUGGCUACUUUAUUCCAGUAAUCCUUUCUGACCCACUGGCCCAGUACCUGUCCUAGGGCACCACCCUAUAUAAGCUUGCAUAUAGGUCAAGCUGCAAGAAGGGUGUCAAGGAGAAAAAGAUUUAAUUUACUCCACCUUUAUCAUAUAGAACAUGAAGGACAUGUGUUCUGUCCUUUGGCACUUAAAAAUAAAGAAUGUACUUUCACAUCA